AUGGCCACUCGCAAGAUCUGUCAGCCCAUGGGGGCUGAUGGAUUCCAGAGCAAGGUGGCAGCACCUCGUGAUCAGAAGCCUGUCAGAAUGAGGCCUGUAACUGUCAGUACCUCCUGUGGCCAGAUGACUCCUUCUGCUUUCAUGAAGGAGAAGUCCUUCACUACCAAGCAGAGGCUGGCUGCUGCUCAGGAGUUGAAGCUGCCCCAGAUUACACAGCUUCGAGACAAGAGGGAAGCAUCUCAUCCCAAGAUGACUCCUUCUGCUUUCAUGAAGGAGAAGUCCCUUCCUACCAAGCAGAGGCUGGCUGCUGCUCAGGAGUUGAAGCUGCCCCAGAUUACCCAGCUUCAAGACAAGAGGGAAGCAUCUCAUCCCAAGAUGACUCCUUCUGCUUUCAUGAAGGAGAAGUCCCUUCCUACCAAGCAGAGGCUGGCUGCCUCUCAGGAGUUGAAGCUGCCCCAGAUUACCCAGCUUCAAGACAAGAGGGAAGCGUCUCAUCCCAAGAUGACUCCUUCUGCUUUCAUGAAGGAGAAGUCCUUCACUACCAAGCAGAGGCUGGCUGCUGCUCAGGAGUUGAAGCUGCCCCAGAUUACACAGCUUCGAGACAAGAGGGAAGCAUCUCAUCCCAAGUUCUCAACAGUUGACCUGGACCGAAGCUUGUUCCAGCCUCUCCCAUCAGAGGUUGUAUUUCAGAGCUACGUCCCUCAUGAGGUCUAUGAAAUGCCACUGGUUCUGAGGAAUGUAGACAAGGUUCCUCGGCGGUUGAAGAUUGUCAUGGAGAGCUCACUGUAUUUCAAACUAGAUGUCCCCAGUGGUGUGUGCCGUAAGGUAGCACCUGGCAUGACUACAUCUUUCCACAUCCUUUUCACCCCUGAGGAGAACAAGGAUUAUUUCCACCAGCUCACCUGCAUCACGGAAAGGGAAAUGUUUAAUGUGCCUAUUCGAGCUAUAGGUGCUCGAGCUAUCCUGGAUUUCCCUGACGAUCUGAACUUCUCCAUCUGUCCAGUCAAGUACUGCACCCAGAAAACUCUGCUAGUUCGCAACGUCGGUAAUCGGGAGGCCCGCUACUGCAUCAGCACUCAGAGCCCUUUCUCUGUCAGUCCCUCCAUUGGAAAUCUUGGAAUUGGUGAAGCCACACAAGUAACAGUGGAGUUCCACCCCCUGGAAACUGGGGAUCAUUCCAGGUCCCUGGUAGUUCACUAUGACACGGGUGAAGCUAUCCACACAACCCUUUAUGGAGUGGCUGUAGAUGUAAACAUUGGGCUGGAGAGGAGCUCCUUGACAGUUGAGAAGACUUACCUUACUCUGUCAAACUGCAGCACUGUGGUCCUCCACAAUCGGAGUGAAAUCACAGCCCACUUCCGGUGGAAGUCUUUUGCUACUCAGGAAAAGGAAGAUCAGGAGAAGCUGAGGCUGCAGAGGUGCAACGAGAACGUGGAAGUCUUUGACUGCACGGAGGACCCCAUUCUCCGAAAACACCUUCCUCCUCUCUCUGUCACCUUCAAGGGCAAGAAGGAAAAAGUGCAAAGAGACCCCAUGCUUUUCUCCGAUGAUGUUUUCACCAUUGACCCGGUGGAGGGAGAUGUCUUGCCAAAUUCUUCGAUUGAAAUUAAUGUGAUCUUUGAACCUCAAGAAGCCAGAGUCUAUCAAAAAAUGGUCUACUGCGACGUCUCAGGCCGUGAAACCGGGCUGCCCUUGUGCAUCAAAGGGGAAGGCAUAGAACCCCAGCUCCGUUUAAGCUUUGAGCAGCUGGACAUCGGGAAGGUUUUUGUUGGAUCAACCAACAGCUAUGAGGUGAUCCUGUUUAACAAAGGAGCCAUUGAUGCUUCCUUCAGCUUGGUGCAUCCAACUACAGCUCUGGCCUCCUGCUUCACCUUUGUUCCCCGAGAAGGCAUCAUUUCACCAGAUGGACUCCAAGUCAUCAAGAUCUUCUUCAGUUCCACCAUCCUGGGGAAGUUCAAGGAAGCAUUCAAGUUCAGGAUGAAGGGAUCCCCUGAGUUUGUGACUUUGACUAUCAGGGGCUGUGUCAUCGGACCAACUUUUCAUUUCAAUGUACCUUCCCUCGACUUCGGUGUUGUCUCCUUUGGCUUUCCUCGGACCCUGUCAUGUUGCCUCAGUAACACCUCCUCAGUACCCAUGACUGUUGACCUUCGCAUUCCUGGGGAUGGCUCGGGAGAGCCCAGUGUCACCAGUUCUGUUCUGAUGUCGGACAACACUCAUCCAUCCUGGAAAAGGGAAGCUCAAGGGCACAGAAGACCAACCGAAUUUACCAUAACUCCCUGUAGAGGGACCAUUCUCCCACAAGGAUGCCUGGAUAUCCAGGUCACCCUCUGUUCCAACACCAUGAAGAAAUAUGAGCUGGCACUUGUGAUGGACGUGGAGGGUGUUGGCAAGAAUAUGUCGGCAUUGCUUCUCACAGCCAGAUGCAUAGUUCCUGCGCUGCGAGUGCUCAAUCCUGUUGUGAUGUUUGGACAGUGCUUCCUGAAAGUCCCCUAUCAGCAGAUGCUGACCCUU